AUGCGUCCUUUGACUCUAUCCUUGUGUGCGGCUAUUGUAGUCUUGGCAACUUUGGCCACCUUCUCGGAGGCGGCGACAUCAACGGGUACAGCUACAACCACAACUACCACCACCACAACUACGACUAGUGCUUCCGCAACAACAACAACCACCGAUGCGUCAACAACAACAACUACAACAGACGCAUCAGACACAACCACAACGGAGAAGACAAAGAAGAGGCGUCAUCGUCGUCGUCGUCGUGUCAUCAUCCGCCGCAUCAUUCGGGAUGUUAACAAUGGCAAAGGCAAAAAGAAGCGAGUAGUCCGUGUGGUUCGCAGGACCACUGCCGUCUAG